GUGUAUUUGUUAUACGUGUCUUGUUUUUUUAUUGUUAUAUAAACUCACAGCUUUGUUUAUCAUAUAUAAGUACGUAUUGAGCAUUCUGUUUUGUCUCUUAAUCCGGUAUCAUCAUUUACAGUUACUAUAAGAAAAUAGACAUCCAUAUGAAAAGUUUUCUGGUUGGUUUUCAUAAGAUAAGGACUAAUUCUAUGAAUGUAUAAUACAGUAUGACAAGAGGGAAAACUAGCUUUUCAAGCUGUCAAUAUUCAACAUUUUGCAUAGUUUGCCAUAUACUGUAGCACUCUCCUCAACAUCUCACCAGUUGCUGGUUCAAGAGAUAUCAGGAUCCAACAAUGCUUAAGAAAGAAGUCAAGCCUUACUGGAAUCUUUCAGUCAAAGUUUUACAUGGGAAUAUCAAAAUGAAAUGCGACUACUUUUCUGAAGCUGACUGCUAUGUUAUCUUGAACUUACCCACGGCAUCUGCCCGUACAUAUCGCACCAAGACAAUUGAUAAUAACAACAAACCUGUAUGGAAUGAAACCUUUCACUUCAGGCUGCAGAGCAAUGUCAAGAAUAUAUUGGAGUUCCAAGUCUAUGACAAUGACCCGUAUAUGAGAGAUGAUCUUAUUGCCACUGUCCUGUUUGACAUUGAUAACCUCACACCAGAGAAGAAGGAGAAGAAAUGUUUCAUUUUAAAUGAUAAGACCAAAGAUGAGCUGUGGGUGGAGUUUGAGAUGACAAAGAGCUCUGAGGUGCCGAGCCCAUGCAUGUCUAAUGGGGUGUUGGUGGCAGGUCCUUUUUGUGAGCUGACGGUGGGGGUAGACAAGCUUCUUAAGAACUCUGGAGCGAUACGUAAUAUGGUGUUGAACCUGAAAGGGGCAUAUAAAGAGGAUCAUGUCAUCUCACAAGAGGAGAAUCAGAAAUUCUUAAAGACAUUAUGUUAUUACAUCAACCGAAACCUGGAAACUGAACUUAAUCUAACAGGUGUAAUCUUUGGUGAAAAUUCUAAGAAAAAUCAAGUUGAUGAUGCAAAUCAAAAGAGUAAAGACACUGAGACUAUCCCUUUAAAAUCACUACCAUCCAAUUACCAAAUGACAGUGUCUUUGCCCCUGGCACAGGAAAAAGUUGUUGUGGAGCUAAAAGUGGACGAUCGUUCUCCUGAAGAGCUCGAUGUACGUCUAGGUUUUGAUAUACCAAAGGAAGAAAAAACUUUUUUGGUAAAAAGGAGUAAAGUUGUUUCACAGGCACUUCAGAAAGUUCUGAAUCUCACCACUACACCUGAACCCAGCAAGGUUCCUGUUAUAGCUGUGGUGUCUACAGGAGGUGGGACUCGAGCAAUGACGGGCACCUAUGGUGCUCUUAGAGGUCUGCAGAAGCUCCAACUCCUUGAUGCUGUCAGCUACAUCACAGGGCUUUCUGGCUCCACCUGGACUUUAGCUUCUCUUUAUGGUGACUCUAACUGGUCUAAAAGUGACAUCAUUAAGUUCAUAGAGUCUUCAAAGAAAGAAAUCUCUAAAAGUACAUUCAGUAUAUUUUCCCGUGAGCAGCUGUCAUACUACAAAAAGCAGAUGGAUGAAAGAGAAAAAGAAGGGCAUACCGUCUCUCUUAUUGACAUGUGGGGUCUAGCUAUAGAGUAUCUUAUUCAAGGAAAGAAACCCUUGGGUACACUGACAGAAAUGCAAAAGGCAGUGUCAGAAGGCCAAAACCCUUUACCCAUCUUCACAGCUGUUAAUAUGAAGGAUGGCAAUUCAGAAUGUGCAGCAGAGGCCGAAUGGUGUGAGUUCACCCCAUAUGAAGUUGGCAUUUCUAAGUAUGGUGGGUUUGUACCUGCUCAGAACUUUGGGAGUGAAUAUUAUCUUGGUCACCUGGUCAAGAAACUUCCUGAAACUAGGGUGUCCUUUCUGUUGGGAAUAUGGAGCAGUGUUUUCUCUCUGAAUCUGACAAAUAUCUGGGGUGCCGCAACUGGCAUCACCCCCUCAUGGACCCCUGUGGCUGAAAAGGAAGCGAGUAACACAAAAACUGAUAAUAAGCCAAAAACAAUCAGCACGUCUGUGGUGAGCCCAGUGGCUGACUCAGCUAAAAUGGUAAGCAGUUUUAUGAACAGUCGCCCAAUCAUCAGCCAGGUGUCCAACUUCCUGAGGGGUCUGCAGCUACACCGGGAUUACAGCCAGAACUCUGCCUUCAUCACAUGGAAAGAAAAACACGCAGAUGCCUUUCCUAACACAUUGACUCCAGUGGAUUCCCUGCUUAGCUUAGUUGAUGGUGGAUUUGCCAUAAAUUCAGGAUUCAUCCCUGUGUUAGGCUCUCAAAGACAUGCAGAUGUCAUUCUUUCUCUAAACUACUCCUGGACCCCAGACCAGUUUAAAGUCCUGAAGCAAACAUAUGACUACUGUAUUGAUCGCAAGAUUCCAUUUCCAAAGAUUGAUUUCAAAAAGGCGGAGUCAGAGCCGAUGAAGGAAGUUUAUGUGUUUGAGGAUCAAGAAAAUCCAGAGGCUCCUAUAGUGAUUCACUUUCCCUUUGUCAACAUCACAUACAAACAAUUCAAGGCUCCUGGUGUGAAAAGAGUUGGCGAAAAAGAACUGAAGGAGGGAGCUGUUAAUGUUAACUUCACCAGUGACUCCUCCCCUUACGUCACUCGCAAAAUUACAUACACACCAGAGGACUACGACAAGUUAAUUAACCUCACUUCCUACAACAUCCUAAACAACAAAGAUGUCAUUUUGAAAACGUUGAACCAAGCAGUUAAGAGAAAAUCCAAAUAAAAAGUUAAUGUCCUUCAAUGAAGCUGGCUAACAAAAUCACAAAAGUCAUAGGAACAGUGGGAUCUUUUAGUAUUUGCUUUUAAAUGUCUAUCCAGAAAAGUUAUUUAAUCCCUCACUAUGUCAACAGUGUAUGGAUAUAUGUUUUAUUGAUGUUAACACCUGAAUUAAAAUAAGAGCAUUUGUCAAUUUAUUUUGUUUUGUUGGGGGUCCAUUUACUCUAUUGUACGUAUGCCCUAUUGGAAGUACUAUUAUUUUUCAUAAGACUUUUUUAAAGGUUUUAAGGCCUUAAACAUGCUAAGAAACUCUUGAAAAUUGGCAAACAUGUCAAAAUUGUUGGCCAUUAGGACUAGAUGUUAGAUCGGGCCCAACAAAUCAAGCCCGACCCUACCCGAGCACGUUGUGUUCGAGCCCGGCCUGACACCAUCGCUGUAAUUAUGAGCCCGAGCCAGAUUUAAACCUGACCAUUUUUCAUAUGUAGGCCAUUAUAACCAGGGGUGGCUCCAGAUAUUUUAACGCAGGUGGUGAUGUGCUCGAUUUUUAGGCUACAGGGGGAAGGCUAUAGUGGGAAAUAUUGGCCCGACUCAGCCCGCAGGGUCUAAUUAGGACCAGGCUAAGCUUUAAUUAGGACCAGGCUAAGGCUGGCACCUAGGCAUGGCAGGGGGUCUCUGUAGCACCCCCUAUUAUGCAAAAAGUAAAAUUGAUACACAGAUCAUGCAUACAUGUACGCACAUGUCUGAAAGUUGAUAAAUAUAUAGUUCUCAUCGACCCCAAACAACUUUUGAACUGACAUCCAUUAGCUCCACCCAACAGCAAGUCGGACAUUUUGGAUUUUGCAAAAAGUGCAUGCAGAUAGCUUUUAA